AUGGCCCGAGGGCGUCCCACAGACUCGCCCGGCGGCAACGAACCGGAGCGGCAAGAAGAUACAGGAGAGUCCGCCAGCUGUGUUCAUGCAGAAGCCACCAAACCGGGAGAAGGGUGGCUUAUAUAUAAUGGCGAAUACCGGUCGUUGAUCUGCGCCUUUCACGGCUAUGCGGUCUGCAGCCUCGAGGGUCACUUGAGGGACCGUCACCCAGACAUCGACCAUCGGGCCCGCAGCGAUAUCAUCCACCGCCAUAAGGGUCUACAGCUGCAAGGGCCGGCAUUGGAGCAGCUCGUCCAGCACGGUGCGUCAAACCCGACCCGGGCCGUCAAGGGUCUCGUCGUUCACCGGGGCUUCGCUUGCACCUGGCCGGGUUGCAGGCACCUCACGCCGAGCUGGAAGUGCCUGCGGGUUCACCUCAACGGCGAGCACAACAUAAAGGGAGCCAAGGCGCAGGCGGGCCUCUGGACCGGCGUCUAUCUGCAAACCUUCUUUACAGGUCCAAAGAGGGCGAUUUACUACUUCUGCGUAAGAAUCUCGACCAGCGGUAACGAUGAUGCUGUCUCGGCAGCAGGAGAUCCUCCGACGCCGGUCGGCAGGGGGAGAAGAGCGACGAUGGCAGACAGGCAGCAGACGCACCCGGAAGAUCAGACGAUGAUCGCCGACAUCACCCAAGGGUGGUCACUGCAGCAGGAGGAGCAGGAGAAGAUGCAGAAGGUCAUGGAGGAGGGGAUCCUGAGGCACGAGACGACGAACUGGCUGAAGAGGACCGGCUGGUCAGCCCACUUCGCCGGGAGGAAUCUGGUGGAUAUCCAAGCCUGCAGCAGGAUGCCCGGCUGUGACGACGACGAGCUGCGACGGAUGGCCACGGCUCUAGAUCGUCUAUUCUUCGACCGCUGCAUCGGCGGGUUAAAGAGCAUGCCCCUGAUGACCCGCCUGCUCCUGGCCAGCCCCCACCCUCACGAUGCCCACAGCCGACCGUUUGGGCCGCUGCAGGAGAAGACCAGCAUGGAUCGCUACCUGGUAUAUGUGAAGCGGUUCUUAUGCUAUUGCCUCAACGUGCUGUCGCUGGAGGAGGAUGCGCUGUUUGCCGAACACGGCUUUCGCUUCACGCCUGCACAGAGGGCCAGCCUCGAGCUGCUCUGGGCGCAUCUGCAGGACGAGGAACAGUCGGGCGAGGGGCUGCAGGAAGAGAUAUUGCAGAUUCUGGCGGACUUCUGGAUGCAGCGGCUCGACGGGGACCCUUUUGCGAGCCCGCUGUGGCACUUCGUCGGGGUGCUGGGAAUCGACGGCGAGACGGGGCAGCUCCGACCUGCCCACCUAUUCACCUACGUGCUUGCGGGACUCGUCUUCACGGGGCGGGCGCUGCUGGGAGAGUGGGCUAUACCCACCCGGGAGCGGGCCGGGAUGACGGACCUCGCGCAACGGUUCGCCCAGGUUCGAGACGCCUGGCUUUGCAAGGCGACAUACUCUCCCAUGGGCUAUACGCUCAGCUUGCUGUUAUACGGAAGGAAGAUCGCGCAGGAGACUGGUAGCCGGCUGAUGGUGUCCUGGAGCAAGGACGGCGAGAUGAUGUACUUCAUGGGCAAGCCGAUCCUGAUGGAGAAGAUUCGUCACAUGGUGGCUAGGAUGACGAAAGACGCCGAGGACCUGCUGUGGGGUCAGUUGAUGUUCAAGGAGGGCGACGACGAGCGUUUCAUCCUUCCUCUGGCCGGCAUUGAGGAUGACCUCACCCAUACAAGACGAGGCCGGUCCUUCAUCCAUACCAACGACCUCGCUGGCAAGGAGGUCGAGAUGCUCGAGGACCUCGUCAUGGGCUCGCGGAAGACAGAGUUCCUAGAUCGAGCGGGCGAGUGGAAGUGGGCGGGCAUCAGGAAGUACCUGAAGCUGGUGAAGAAGUUCGAGGAGUUUCUGCUGCUCCUCUCCCACAUCACCGGCGGCCAGCCCAGCCGAGGGGAAGAGAUCACGGGCCUGCGCCUGGUCAACGGCAUCAACAGGGACCGCAACGUCUUUGUCAUCGACGGCGAUGUUGUGCUCGUCACCCAGUACCACAAGUCUCUGGCCCACUUCGACUCGCCGAAGGUGAUCCCCCGCUUCCUGCCGGAGAGGAUCGGGCAGCUGCUCGUGAUGUACAUGGUCUACAUCCGACCGCUGACGGAUCGCUGGGAGGCGGACAGAUGGGAGCUAUAUGGCAAGAUGGCACCGCCGAGCGACUUCAUCUGGCAUAACGAGACGGGGCCAUGGGAGAGCAGUCGUAUGUCUGGGGCCAUGGGGAAGUGGACCUCCCACUAUAUCGGCCGCAGGAUCACGCUCCAAGACUGGCGCCACAUCGCCAUCGCCAUCAGCAAGAAGCACGCUCGCGACCGGGGGGCCGCUCGGGCAGACUUUGAGGACGGCGACGACGAUGACGAGUCGGAGCAGUACGAGGCGCCGGACGAUCUGGCUGCCUGUCACACCGGCCAGACAGCCGCCAACUACGGUGUCACGAUCGAUGUGCUGAAGCGCUUGACGGCCGAGUCUCUGGACAUAUUCGGGCAGGUGAGCCGUCGUUGGCACAAGUUCCUCGGCUGCGACGCGCAGCAGCAAUCGGCCUUGGAGCCGCCGCCGUCAACUUCGUCCUCGAAGCGCAAGGGUGCGGCCGAGUCUGGCGGCGAGGAGAAGAAGUGCCACCCUCCCCGGAAGCGGGCCAAGAUCGCCUCGCUCGAGAAGCUAAGGGCAGGUAUGACAGCAGCAGUGGGGGACAAGAAGAAGGACGACAUGAUCCUGCGGGCACUCCGGGCUGUCCUGCGUGAUGACGCUGCCCAGUUUCGGUCACCCCAGCAAGAAGAGGCCGUCAGGUUGGCCGCGGCGAAGCAGAGCCCGCUGGUUGCCGUGCUGCCAACGGGCGGCGGGAAGAGCUUGGUCUUCAUGGUCCCGGCUAUGCUGGCAGGUGCAGGCGUGACCAUCGUGGUGGCUCCGUUCGCCGAGUUGAAGAGGCAGCUAGUCACACGCUGCGUCGAUGCCGGCCUAGACUGCAAGUCCUGGCCCGAGGCGCGUGAAUCUUGGCCCAGGGUUACGCUGGUCUCGGCCGAGGCGGCUGUCACCGAUGACUUCCUGCAGUGGGCCGCUGAUCUGAGUGUCAGGGGAAGGCUGGACCGAGUGGUCAUUGACGAGUGCCAUCUGUCAUUCACUGCCGCCGAAACCUACCGCGCGAAGCUCCGGUGCCUCGUUCUCCUGCGGAGCUUGGGGUGUCCCUUCGUAUUCCUCACUGGGACCCUGCCGCCGCUCCGUCAACGCGACUUCGAAGAAGCCAUGCAGCUCCAGGCUCCGCUCUACAUACGGGCUUCGAGCCAUCGGCUGAACGUGCGGUACUCCGUCCUUCGCCGCGAUGAUAGCGAUGCGCAGUUCCUUGCCCAGCGCGAGCAGGGCUUCCAGGCAUGGGUCAACGGCGAAACACCCUACAUCGUGGCUACCGCGGCUCUAGGCACGGGCCUUGAUGUUGCAGGCAUCGUCCAUGUCAUCCAUCUCGAGGCCCCAUUCAGCAUCAUCGACUACGCCCAGGAGGCGGGGCGGGGCGGGCGAGCUGGGGAGCCCGUCACCGCAGAGAUAGUCGUCGAGGAGAAGGACUGGCCGGUUGAGGACCAUAUCCGCGACAGCUACCUAGACUUGAGCACGCGCGAGGUACGCAGUCUGAUCCGGACACAAGGUUGCCGUCGCCGCCUCCUUGGCCAAUGCUUGGACGGUGACCUACGGGACUGUGGAGAUCUCGAUGCCGUCCGAUGCGAUAAUUGCCGCCGCGAUGAGCUGUUGUGGAAGAGUGAGCUAUCCUCGCAGGGUAUCAUAGCAUCACAUGCCCGCGGCAGGCGCGAUGCCCUCGCUCUAGAACGUUUCGAGGCCGCCUUGGAGGAGAUAGAGGAGCUUGGCAAGAUGGGCUGCCGCAUCUGCUGGAUGUUCGAUGGCGUCAAGGAGGCCGGGCACCAGUGGGGUACCUGUGGUGCCACAGCAGAGAAGGAUCUGUCCUUCUCCAGCUGCAUGAUCUUUCAGGGUCUGGUCAACUACAAGAAGGAUCCACAGGCACGUUUCUUGAGCUGCUUCUACUGUCACGUAUCGCAGGAGCUCUGUCGGGACGGUUACGAGACCAAAGGAGCAUCAUGUCGGUGGAAGCAUGCUGUAGUCCCUAUGGCGUUGGCCGCCGUGACGGAGGCAGAUAUAUGGUCGCAAGUCCAGGAGGCUGCCGGUCGAGACUUCAAAGGUCGGGAUGACUAUGCUGACUGGCUGGGCCGUAAGCAUAGCAAGUUGGUAUGCGGGCGAGAGAUGACCAAUGCUAUGGCCGUCUUUGAUCUAGUGCUCAAGUGGAGACAAACUCAAGAGCUUAGUUAA